GGGGAAAAUAACUGCAUAAAUAGCCUCCAUUGAUUUCAAGGGGGGGAAAAGACGGAAAGGCGAGACAGCAGAGAACCGAUGAAGACUUCUGCCUUGUUUUAAUAAACAUUCCUGUUGUUGAAGCUGCUGUCGCCACGGUUCUAAAGAGGACUUGUUGCGGAGAUGGAGAUGCGGCGGCGGUCUGUGGAGAUAUUCGCUGGAUGCUGAAGCAGCUGGAGGCUCUCAUCCUCAGCAUCAUCAUCCUCAUCCUUCCUCCCACAUCAACUACAUGAGUCAACAUGGCCGCGGAGGAGCUCGACCUGCUCUGAGCUGCAGAAGAAAAGAAAAACAAACCUCCUGAGAAUAAAUGGCGUUCAUGUCGCGGUUCUCCCGCUCCCGGAGCAGCUCCAGGUCUCCGAGCAGAAAGGAUACAGACCGUGACUCCCAAACCCUGACGGUGUCUGAGCUGGAGAGGCUGCUCUACACCGGGAAGACGGCCUGCAACCACGCGGACGAAGUCUGGCCCAGACUCUACAUCGGAGACCAAAACAUUGCCUCAGACCGCCGUGAGCUGGCCAGACUCGGUAUCACGCACAUUCUAAACUGCGCACAGAGCAAGUGGCGCGGUGGAGCCGAGUAUUACGCCGGGAUGAACAUCACCUACCACGGCAUCGAGGCUCAUGACUCACCGACUUUUGACAUGAGCGUCAACUUUUACCCGGCAGCCGAGUUCAUCCACAAGGCGCUCUCUGCUGGAGGUAAGGUGUUGGUCCACUGCACGGUGGGGGUCAGCCGCUCGGCCACACUGGUGCUGGCCUACCUGAUGAUCCGACAGAACCUGACGCUGGUGGAGGCCAUCAGGACAGUCAAAGAUCACCGAGGGGUCAUCCCUAACCGAGGCUUCCUGCGCCAGCUAAAUGGACUGGACGGCAUCCUGAGAGAAAGCAGGAAGACGUCGCCGUAGAGACCCUCUACACACACACACACUUGAUUCACACACCCAAGCCAAGGUAGCAGCCAUACACACCAUUCAGAGCAGUCUCUCUGACUCUGGGUAGCAACAGAUUUAUGAAACAAUCUUAAUUCAUUUUCAUCCAACAGUCCUUUAAAACUUUCUGCUCCAGGAGUCUUUUAAGGUCCGUCCACAUCUGUUGAUUUAAUUUGUUGCCAGAGGGACUUUAUAGUCUCUACAUCAGCAGCCUCACAGUGUCCUUUAAAUCAAUUAACGGAUUAAUCAGGGAAACCCUCAGGGAGGCAGCAGAGGGCGCCACAUUCCGAUCACCGUAACAAAUUACAGAUUCCCGUUGUCGCUGUAAUGUGGAUCUCCUUCCUCCAGUUGCCGACUUGAUUGGAAAUGGGUUAAUCAUCACUACUUAAGAUUAAAUACAAGAUUAGAAGGAUGAGUUUAAGUUUCAAGCUUUCUCUUGGAUGUAGUGGGCUGAACUGAUUCAUUUAAAAGCACAACCAAGUCCCAUUAAACAAAGCCAGAGGUUUAUCAUUUUAAUUCAGGAAGUUUGGUGUCAUCUCAAACCUCAUUGGUCGGCACACCUCCAGCCUUUCUUAAGCCCCCCCUCCUCUGUGACUUAAAACUUCUCACAUUCCAGGAGGACGCUGCUGAUUCUCCCUGUUUUCACCAGUUUGUUCCAGUUUGCUCAACGAAAGCGAACAUUUCUCCUUUCAGUCGGGAACCUUCUCAGGCUGAUUCGUGUUUGGCCACACAUCAGGUCAGUGUAGCUUUUGCUUUGUUUUACCCGCAACAGACAAACAAAACAAAAAAAAAACAUCAGAAAUAUUAAACAUUUCAUUUUCAGAUUUUUAUAAAAUAAAUGCAGCUGCAAAUGAAUUUCUAUUUAGAUGUGGAUAAAUAAAACACCGUGAUUAUUAUAACGAUGUUUAACUGCCAUGUGAGGGUACAGAUCCUUCUUGACAUUUUUUAACUCAUUUUGACAGGAAAGGUGAGAUCCUGUUGAAUGCAAUUUGCAGUUAUACCACUAGAUGGCUCUAAACUCAAACUGAAUCUCUGGUUACUCCUAAUCUAAUUUAGGCGAUUCUUUUAAAUCUUUAAGGAACUUUCUAGAGCCUAACGAUCAAAUAACCCAGCAGACGGAUAAAAAUAUAGUAUUAAUUUGUUUUUUAUCAGAGCAGAUACCACCAAGUUAUUGGCUUUCCCAGAUCUCCUUCUCCUGGGUGAACGUGUAGCGACAGCACAGUCGCAUUCUGCCGACGUCCUUGCAGCAAUCCCUCCUAAUGAGCAUGCAUGAAUGCUGCUGAAAUCAUUCUAAACCAGCAAAGCUCCGUAGCAAUUAGGAAAAAUCCAAACUAAGAGCAUUGAUUUGAUUUCAGUGCGGGUUUUGUUUUACUGCAUUUAUGUUCAGUGUUACAUGGACUGUUAGGUCUCUGGGAUACCAUCACAAAACCACAACCCGAUAUGUGCCAUUGAAAAGCUACUACCUGCCUCGCAGACUGGAAAGUGUUCAGAGCCCAGCCGUCCCCACUGUGCUCUGGGACUCGGUGGUCAAGGGUUGUGUUACCCAGAACUUUCUCAGUUCAAACCAACUUUUUAAAAAUCCGUAAUAGAGCUUUGGUAAGAAAUAUAUGGAAGAGGAUUAGUGCCACUGAAAAGGUUUACUGAUUUUUAAAUAUUAUUUUCAGUUUAAUAUGGGAUAAAAGUAUCAAGAGCUCAGACCCACAUGCAGAGAAACCAAAACAGAGAGACCAGG